AUGACCGCCACCUACCCUCCACUAAACAAGUGCACUGUACACGACGACAUUGUCAUUCGUGUUGCAACCAUUACUGGACACAGUCAACCAAAAACUAUGUCUGGAAGUGCGAAUUUCGAGCUCGAUUUGCGCGAAUUCGUCACUUUGAACAUAAAGUGUAUACAUUUCUUCGGCUACUUCUCCCCCGAGUUUGCCGAAAACUCAAAAAAGCGCAUCCUGUUCCGAAUUUACGCUACAGUUUUUGUGGGAUUUGCCUUCGUUUUGUCCCUUUUGAGUCAAAUCGCCAACAUGAUCGACGCUUUCGGCGACAUGGAAAAAAUGACUGAAGCCUCUUUCCUUCUUUUCACUAAUAUAGUGCAGUGUCUGAAAUUGUACUGUUUCAUGAAAUAUGGGGCAAGAGUAUGGAGGUUGGUGCACAGCCUGAACCGAAAAAUUUUUAAACCCAGGAACGCAACCCAGUACGAUGUGUUGAAACGUGACAUCGGGAGGUCCAAAAUUAUUACGAAAUUAUUUCUGCUGGCUUGUACUAUUACGUAUGCUUCGUGGUGUGUGUCGCCGUUUUUGGACAAAAAAGGGGAAAAUGGAGUACGGUUGCCCUUAAGUGGGUGGUACCCUUUUAGUACGAAAGAAACACCGGCUUUUGAGCUUGCUUACGCUUAUCAAAUUUUUACCACUUGGGUGGGUGGGCUGGGAGAUAUCAGCAUGGACACGUUUAUGUCGGGUGCCAUUAUGGUAAUUUCGGCGGAACUGAGUGUGCUCAAUAAUGCUCUGGAAACGUUGAAGCAGAGAUUUGUGGACGAUCCGCAAAAAAUUAGAGAGGAAGAAAAGUUGGUUAAUAAAGAGCUGGUUCGAUGUGUUAUUCACUACAAAAACAUCAUUGGAUUUGCCAAUGAGGUGACUUACCUUUUCACCGACUGCAUUACGGCUCAGUUUUUGGUGGGGGUAAUUAUAGUGUGUAUGUCAAUGUUUCAGAUGAGUCUAGUCCCCGUUAUGAGUUUUCGGUUUUUUGCGAUGAUGCUGUAUCAAAUUUGUGUCUUAAUGGAAAUGUUCCUUUGGUGCUAUUAUGGAAAUGAAGUUAUUUUGAAGAGCGAUUUGCUAACUCAGUCGGCUUACAUGUGUGAAUGGGUUGACAAUUCCAAAGAGUUUAAGCAAAAUUUGUUGUACUUUAUGACACGUACGCAAUUUAAUCUUCAACUGUAUGCUUCUGGAUAUUUUGCCUUGUCUCUUCAAACCUUCAAAGCGAUUAUUAAAUCGUCUUGGUCAUAUUUUGCAGUUCUAAAUCAAGUGCACGAUCAAAAGAUGGCUUAA